CGAAUAUUUUUUCGGUUGCGACAUAUCCUGAACUGAGUGGUCUGCUUAAAUUAGGAAAAAUUACGAAGUCUUAGCUCGAGAUUGCACGUAUUUACAUUAGUGCAGAGCAGCUGGACGGACAAAAGGAGGACGGAAGUGUUGGAAAAGCGCAACGUGCCGCGCGUUUGUUUGUUUGUUUGAGAGGUCUAGAUUAUUUAGUGAAUGCUCAGGCGCGUGUGAAAGCGGGAUAGUGACAAACGGUUAGAGGUUUUCUCAUGCCUUUGCGUUGACCACGCUUCUCUUCUGGUGACAAUACUGCGGUUGCAUUUGUCUCGGAGAAAUAAUUUGUGUUUAGACAUGGUGAAGCAAACCAAGGCCAAAACUUUCCAAGCCUAUCUGGAUUCCUGUCAUCGGCGCUAUAGCUGUGUCCACUGCCGUGCACACCUGGCUAACCAUGAUGACCUCAUUUCUAAGUCCUUCCAGGGGAGUCAGGGACGUGCAUAUCUCUUCAAUUCUGUGGUUAACGUAGGUUGUGGCCCAGCAGAGGAAAGGUUGUUGCUGACUGGACUUCAUGCUGUGGCUGAUAUUUACUGUGAGAAUUGCCACACCACGCUGGGCUGGAAAUAUGAGCAGGCAUUUGAGUUAAGUCAGAAGUAUAAGGAGGGGAAGUUUAUAAUUGAAUUGUCUCACAUGAUUAAGGAUAAUGGAUGGGACUGAAGCCCUUAGCCUUUGCUUUAAUUUACUGCCACCUGCUUGCAGCUUCUCCGAGAACAGCAUGAGAUAUGCUUCCUUUUAAAUGUCCAUCUAUGUCUACAUUACUAUUGCGAGCGCCUUCCUUCAUGCGGAUAUCCCAAUGCACCAGGUUUUCACAGGGGAUGGGGAGCCUGCCCUGGGGUGUGUGUGUGUGUGUGUGUUAGUCUAUUUGGAAGUUUGAGAAAAAAAACUGCUUGAAUUAUCCACCACUUAAAUCCUGUUUCAAAGAACUCUUUAAUUUUGUUGGGAUUUGGACAUAAACCCUCAAACUCCUGAUUAAGUGCAAUUCACAAGGUAUGGAUCAAAUAUGAUCAAAACGAUAAGGUCCAAUACCUUUUUAUUCAGUUCAUUUUUACUUUACAGAACGAGGUCUUUGUGUACAAAGUCGAACGAGAGCCAAAUUUAGAGUUAAAUUAUUUUACUGUUGUUUGUAAAUGAUGUACUGGGUUUUAUAUGUGAGAACUUUGUUUAAAGAGGAUUAUGUGCAAUAUACGUGUUGGAGAGCAAGAGUUUGCAAAAAAGGAUGAUUAUUCAUGCCUCCAAAUUCUGUCAUUUUGGUUGAAUUCAUCUUUUAAUUUACCAAGCCAUUGACAAAAUCCCAACAAAUGAACAUCUGCUGUGUGUGAGUGUGAGUGUGAACUGCAGGCUGUAGAGAUAGUCCACGGCUAACUUGACAUUGACACUUCAAAUACAGCUUGUAAACGCAUUUAAGAUGUAAUGGGAUAUUCUUUUUUAUAUGUCUGUCUUGUUUUGUUGCAUUUCGUCCAUGAUAAAUGUUGUAAAUAUAAUCUAACAUUGAGCAGCAUGUACAGAGACAUUUAUCUGAUCAUGUUAGAGCAGGCAUAAAAAUGUGUUUGAUUAUGUAGCAAAAUAUUUCUUUGAAUGCUAAACUGUUAAGUGUAUUACAUUAACCUGAAUUCUUUACAUUAAAGUAUAUGGGGUAAAUAAAAACA